GAUAAAUCAUGGAAAGCAAAAGAGCAGGCAGAAGAGACCCAGUUUGUUAAGCAGAAAGAACAAGAACAACUAGCUGCUUUACGUGCACAGAUAGACGCCGAGGUAAAGGAAGCUGCUUCACGCAUUGACAAAGAUUUCGAAGCAGGCUAUGGCGGCCAAGAGGAUCUCGAAGACAGAUAUGCAACGACGAGCGGGGAGCAUUGA